GACAGCGCAGUGCUCGACUCGUCGGGCGUCGGCGCGCCACCCCCACCGACAGCGGCCGCGACUGAUCAGGCGGCCCCCGAUGCUGGCAGGCGCGUCGGCGCCGCCAGCCCCGGCGGGGCAGGACGAGGAGGAUGCCGAGCGCCAGAGGUCGGCCAAGAAACUCGCGAUCUCGGCGGGCCUCAUGAUGACGGCCGUGACCAUGGUCGUCCCGACCCGCGCGCCGAUGGUCCUGGCGAUCAAAAAGGGCGACGCGGCCGCCACGGCGAAGAUGAUGGGGCUGAUGAGCACGUGCGCGGGCCUGAUCGAGCUGUUCGUGAACCCCAUCCUCGCCAAGCUGAGCGACCAGUAUGGCCGGAAACCUUUCUUGACCAUAGCUCCUUUGGUCAACGCUUUCCUCCACAUGCUGGUCGCCGCCUGGCCCAGUUCCCUGCCCGCGCCUCGGGAUGCUGCGAAGGGCGAUAUUUUUCUGGGAGCACCCAGGCUGGCCUAUAUUCAAUUGCUACGUACUUUUCGCUGUUCUUGACGCUGCGUGCAUCUCCACCAGCCCAUUCAACUUGGCGAAUUCCCCUAAUCAGGAAAUGUAG